AUGGUGAACAUGAUGGUGACGGCCAUGGUGAAGAUAACAGUGGUGACGAUGGUGAUGAUGAAGCUGAUGACAGCGGUAACAGUGGUGACAACAGUGAAAGUGAUGAUGGUGAUGGCUAUAAUGAGGAUGAUGACAGUGGUGAUGACGUUGAUGAAGGUGAUGACAAAUGAUGACAGUGGUGACGAUGGUGAUGGUGGAGGUGAUGCUGCUGCUGCUGAUGACAGUGGUGAUGUUGGUGACAGUGAUGAUGGUGGCGGUGAAGAUGUAGACGAUGGUGACAAUGGUGGUGGUGAUGAUGACGGUGAUGGUGAUGAUGAUAACAGUGGUGACAAUGGUGAUGAUGAUGAUGAAGACAGUUGUGACAAUGAUGAAGGGGAUGGUGGUGGUGAUGAUGAGAGUGGUGAUGUCGUCGGUGGUAAAGGUGAUGAUGAUGGUGAUGAUGACAGUUGUGAUGAUGGUAGUGGUGAAGAUGAAGACUAUGGUGACAAUAGUGAAGGUGAUGGUGAUGAUGACAGUGGUGACAGUGGUGGUGAUGAUGAAAAUGGUGAUGAUGAAAAGGAAGAACGUUUCUCCUCCGCUGCAGACCUCGGCGAGGAGGCUGGGAGGGCCGCCGGCGUCCAGCAGCCCGCACUGCUUCGCGACAGGAGCCUGGGCUCGGCCAUGAAGGACUGCCCGUACUGUGGGAAAACCUUCCGGACAUCCCAUCACCUAAAGGUCCACCUGCGGAUACACACAGUGUGUGUCCACACCAUAACCAGCGGGAGGAAAGGAAGUGACUUGUACCCACAAGGUGAGAAGCCCUACAAAUGCCCCCACUGUGAUUAUGCCGGCACCCAGUCAGCAUCCUUAAAAUACCACUUAGAACGACACCACCGGGAGCGGCAGAACGGAGCCGGGCCACUGUCUGGACAGCCCCCAAACCAAGACCACAGGGACGAGCUGCCCAACAAAGCUGCUUUGUUUAUCAGGCCAGACAUCCUGAGGGGGGCCUUUAAGGGUCUCCCCGGAAUCGACUUCAGAGGUGGCCCUGCCUCUCAGCAGUGGACAGCGGGAGUGCUCUCGUCCGCAGAUCACUCGGGGCAGGCCACCGGCAUGACUUCCGAGGCUCCUUCGGACACCCUGAAAGGUGCCGACCUUCCUUCCAAAAGCACCCACUUCUCCGAAAUCGGAAGAGCUUAUCAAAGUAUCGUGAACAACGGCGUGAAUUUCCACGGGUCCUUGCAAGCUUUCAUGGACAGCUUUGUCCUAAGCUCCUUGAAGAAGGAGAAGGACACGAAGGACAAAGCCCUGUCUGACCCCCCGUCCAUGAAAGUGCACGGGCCGGACGGUGGUGAGGACAAGGCGGGCGGUAAGGCGGUCGCGAGGAAGUCGGAGAAAUCUCAGUACGAGCCCCUAGACUUGUCGGUGCGGCCGGACGCCGCCUCGCUCCCAGGCUCGUCGGUGACCGUGCAAGACAGCAUCGCGUGGCACGGCUGCUUGUUUUGUGCUUUCACGACAUCGUCUAUGGAGCUGAUGGCUCUUCACCUGCAGGCCAACCACCUGGGCAAAGCGAAACGCAAAGAUAACGCCGUCGGGGUGACCCUCAAUUGCAAAGACCAAGCCCGGGAGGCCGGUAAGGUGGCCCUGCUGCCCUCGGUACAAUCAAACAAAGAGCUGGCGCUUUCCAGUGUGAUUGGGCCUCUAGAGUCUGCGUCCGAGAAGACGGCCCAAGGGCCGGUCAAGGAGACUCUGGGGGAGCAGAAGAGCGGCACGUGGCCCGGCCUGGUGGACCCCGCGUUUUGUAACUUCCCAUCAGACUUCUACAAGCAGUUUGGCGUGUACCCGGGCAUGGUCGGCUCGGGGGCCUCCAGUUCCUGCCCCAGCAAGGAGCCCGAUGGGAAGGCCCACUCGGAAGACGACGCCCCGAUCCUGAUCCCCGAAACCGCAAACAAGAAUACUACCGAUGACCUCUCCGACAUUGCCUCCUCGGAGGACAUGGACUCCUCCAAGGGAGAGAACAACGACGAGGAGGAUAUCGAGACGGAGCCGGAGAUGAUGAGCAAGCCACAGUCCGCCCUCGGCAAGGACAGCGCCGGCGACGGUGGGGAUGGCCUGCCGCCCACAGGCGCCCCUCAGCCCGUCCAGGGACUCGUGUCACCGUUGCCCCAGGCGCCCGAGAAGCAGUGGCACGGCCCGGGCCUUCUUCCAGCCCAGGACCCCUCGGCGGGCCUGCCCAAGCCGGAGCGGGGGCCCCCGGGCCUGGAGAAGCCGAUGAACAUGCUGUCGGUCCUCAGGGCCUACAGUUCUGAUGGCUUAGCAGCCUUUAACGGCCUGGCAAGUAGCACAGCAAAUUCUGGAUGUAUCAAGAGGCCAGACUUGUGUGCUCCCGGGCGCUCUGGCUGGGAGCGAGGACUGCUCCGAGGGUUCCGUGGGGGCAUCUCAGUGCAGACGGCCUUCCGAAGGCAGCGAGAGUUCCUGGGUGUGGCCGAGGGUGUCCUUGGUCUCCAAAGAGAGUGUUGA